UAAAAGACUAGCUAUAAAAAGGUAGCUGGCACCAUACAUUAUCGUAGUCCAUGUCAGAACGUUGACAACAAAUAUCCCCAGCGGAUACAAUCGAUUGCACCGAAUAUCUCGAAGCAAGGAGCAUGAGGGCGGUAAUAGCAUUUUGCGUGGCAGUACUGCCUCUGGUCAUCGGAAUAACGUGGGAACCGUCAGAAAAUGCUAAAGAUUUUUCACUUUACCAGAUCUAUCCUAGGAGUUACAUGGACAGUGAUGGAGACGGCGUCGGUGAUCUUAGAGGUAUCAUCCAACGAUUGGAUCAUAUGGUGGCAUCAAACCUUGACGCGAUUUGGUUGUCGCCCAUUUAUCGCAGUCCGAUGGUAGAUUUCGGCUACGACAUUUCGAACUAUACGGAUAUUGACCCGACAUUUGGCACCAUGAAGGACUUCGAUGACCUAUUGAAAGCCGCGCACGAUAAAAAUUUGUUAGUGAUUAUGGACUUCGUCCCAAAUCAUACGUCGGACCAACACGAAUGGUUCCAGAAGAGCGUGCAGGGAAUUUCACCUUACGACAAUUAUUAUGUUUGGCAUACCGGACAAAUAGAAAAUGGCACCCGUAAACCGCCAAACAACUGGGUGAGUGAAAUGCAUGGAUCGGCUUGGGAGUGGAAAGAUGAACGCCAAGCGUAUUAUCUGCAUCAAUUCGCCAUACAACAACCUGAUCUGAACUACAAUAGUCCGGACGUGAGACGCGAGAUUGAAGAUGUUCUGAGAUUUUGGUUAGACAAAGGCGUUGAUGGCUUCAGAAUAGAUGCCAUGAUAUUCCUUUAUGAAGAUCAACGAUUUUUGGACGAACCUCUAUCAGGUCUAACUGACGAUCCUGACGUCUACGAUUAUACUGAGAAGAUAUACACUACUAAUCAACAACCAGAUUACGACAUCCUUCCUACGUGGAGAAAGGUCCUGGACGAAUACGAACAGCCAAAAUAUAUAAUGAUCGAAGCAUAUAGCAAUAUGUCGGACACGAUGAAAUAUUAUCACUAUGGAGCAGAUUUCCCUUUCAACUUCUAUACGAUUACAAAUCUUACUAGCAGUUCGUCUGCAGCAGAUAUCAAGCAUAUAGUAGAUUCGUGGUACAAUAACAUGCCGGAAGGUAGCACUCCUAACUGGGUGGCCGGAAACCAUGACCAUUCUAGAUUAAUAGCGAGACUGGGAGAACCACGAGCUCGUGCCGUCACCAUGUCUCUGCUCCUAUUACCGGGCGUAAGCGUGACUUAUUAUGGCGAAGAAAUUGGCAUGACAGACGCUUAUAUUUCGUGGGAAGAUACAGUGGAUCCGGAAGGCUGUCGAGCUGGUAAAGCAAAUUAUCAAAAUAUCACUAGAGAUCCCGAGAGAACACCGUUCCAAUGGAAUGACACCGUUGCCGCCGGAUUUUCCUCGAAUUCCCAUACCUGGCUUCCAGUCAACCCUAAUUACAAGACCUUGAAUCUAGCUGACGAGAAGAAAGACAAGAACUCGUACUACACUCUUUAUGAGAAACUCUCGAAGCUGAAGAAAUCGCCGCACUUCAAGCAGGCCAAUUUAGUGACAGAAGUAUUGGAUGAAUAUGUUUUCGCCUUUGCCAGAGAAACCGAGAAGCACGGAAGCGUUUAUGCCAUAACAAACUUCGGAGACGAGGACUCAACGGUGGACUUAUCAGUAUUUGAUAACAUACCGAGUAAAUUGGACGUUUAUUACGCCAGUGCUAUCUCCGGCAUACUUUCUUGGGAAAAUGUUGUCCAGGUUCAACACGUGACCAUACCCGCCGCAUCAGUGGUCAUCCUCACCACUCCAAAUGCGAAUUUUGUAACUGGCUAAUCCCACAAUGCAGUACUUAUCUAUUCUCCCUUAAACAUUUAAUAUUUCUAAUCUUUAAUUAUAUAUAACCUGAUUUCUCAUUAAAGUUACUUCGUUAGUAA